AUGUCCGCGGGCCCUUCCACCGUGGCCGCAGCAGCAGCCUCAUCUCUUCCCUCACACAACCCUACACGAACCGCCAAUACAAGACACCUGGGCAUGCAGACUGCGGCGUCUGCCCGCCGUGCUGCCACGGGCUCCGCCACUCAGACAAUCAUCCCGGCUGAAUCCGCUUCUUCACGCUCAGUGUCUCCCGAACCACUUGUCCUCCGUCUCCGUGGCGCCCACGACGCCUCCGGUGGCGCCACUGCCCGAGCCCGCCGGCGCGGCAUCUCCUGGGCCGAGGACGUGGUCGAUAACGAAGGACUGGGCCGAAAAUCGAGUAAAGUCUGUUGCAUAUACCACAAGACGAGAGAAUUCGGAGAGAGUUCCAGUGAAGACGACAGCUCAAGUGACAGUGAUUCCAGCGACAGCGAUGGCGGUGGGAGUGAUAGUCCAGACGAUGGGGCUGCUCGGAUGAGUGGAGCUCGGAGGGGCCGCAGACAUGACCAUGACCAUGCCCACGGCGACGACUGUGACCAUGGCAAGGGCAAAUCUGGAAGAAAACCGAGUCCAAAUGCUUAUGAGAAAAUGCCAAAAUACAACACCAAACACCAGGACACUGUCAAAAGAUGA